AUGUCAAAGAAAAGCUGUAAAACUGCCCAAAAAUUGGAAAUUUGCCCUCCAAAAGUUGCUCAUCUUCCGGUUGCUCAAAAAAUCGAAGAGUUACUGAAAUGCAUUGUUUGUACCCAACCGAGCAAACGAAUCAAGUUUGGUUAUGCAUUGUGUGGUUCUUGCGCUAAUUUCUAUCGAAAAAAGAAAGCGACUUCGAAAAAUGUGCCAAUAAAGGAAAAUGCGUCUUGGAUCCUUUGGCCAUACGCGAUUGCUAUCGAUGCAUAUGGACAAAAUUCCAAGCGAUUGAGGAGAAAAAAGAAGAAUCCGGAAGAAGAUUCUGGGAAUCAAUCGAAAACUGUGGGCUCGCAGAGCAAGAGGGAGAAGAAAAAGAUGACCAAAGGUGCAGAGAAAACCUGUAAAAAUACACAAAAACUGGAAAUCAGUCUCCCAGAUGUUGACCAUCUUCCGGUUGAUCAAAAAGUUGAACAAUUAAUGAAAUGCCUUAUUUGCACCAAACCGAGCCCACAUGUCAAAUUUGGUUAUGCCUUGUGUCGUUCUUGUUCAAAUUUCUAUAGAUACCACAUAAAUAUAAAGAAAAAAGAAAGCGACUUCGAAAAAUGUGCCAAUAAAGGAAAAUGCGUCUUGGAUGCGUUAGCCAUUCGUGAUUGCUAUCGAUGCAUAUGGACAAAAUUCCAAGCGAUUGAGGAGAAAAAAGAGGAAUCUGCUCCUGUAAACAAGAAGCAGAAGAUUCAAGAUCCGGAAGACUCUGAAGAUGAUCAAUCAGAUCUAGAAGCACCACAAGAAGUACAGAAUUCAGAAGACGUGGAAAUCUCAGAAGCCGACGAUGAGCAGGAUUCUGAAGAUGACGAUUUUGGUGCAUUUGAGGAGCAACAAGAUUUCAUGGAUGAUUUUGAUGUACCGUUAGUACCAACACAAGCGAAUGGGAAUCAUCAGGGAAUUUAUUGGGGAGAUGAUUCAGAUGACGAUCAGGUCCCUCCUGCUAACAAUAGUCAGAAGAUUCGAAAACCAAGAUAUUUGGAAUCAUCAGAUAGUUCUGAAAGUUACAGCGACGAUGAAGAGCCGAUUCCAAAAAUUCCGCUGUUUGUUAUUUCGGAUUCUGAAGAGGAUGAAGCCAAUAAUCGUCAAGAAUUUGGUGAUGAAGAUUCAGAAUCCGACUCUUCUGAUUCUUCUAGCGAUGAGGAAUCGGAGCCAGAGCCAACGGGACCAAAUGAUUUAUCCAAUAUGAAAUCGAUUAGUGAAAAUGAGACUGGAGAAGCACUGGAAAAUAAAAAAUCCGAAAAACCAUCUAAAAAGGUGAGGUUUUUGGACGAAAUCGAGGCAGAACAUCGGAGACAGGGAACUUCUGGAUUGUCUGAAGAAGGCGUGGGAAGUUCCGGAAUACCGGAUUGGGGAGAUGUGGAAGAGCCAGGGUUGGAGGCAUCAGGACAGUACAUCUCCAAAGCGGGGUCAUCUGAGAAGAUCCCAAAAGCUUCUGGAAGUCCAAGUCAUCGAAUUUCCAAAACUUCUGGAGCUGAUCGAUCCCAAGAAGCUGAUGAUGAUCUUUCAAUGAAUGGCAUUGACUAUGAUCAAAUGGAUGAACAGGACAACCAAGACUAUGUCAGCCACCAAGAACAGAUCCAGAGAGCUGCUGGAGGUCAGGAUGGUCAAGAUGAAGUUCCUGGAAUCGAAGAAGACCCGAAUGUUGGCCACGAAUCUUCAAGGAUCCAUGAAAAUGUGAAAGCUAAUGAUCAAGAUGGGCGAGAUGGCCUGGUCGAAGAUGCUGAAGCUUCAAGGAUGCUAAAAGAUUUGGAAGCUGAUGGGCAAGAUGGUCUGGUCGUAGAGGCUUCAAGGAUCCAGGAAAAAGUUGAAGUUGCUAAUGGAAAUCAAGCCAUUGGGAUUCAAGAGGGACAAGUUGGUGGGCAAAAUGGCCAAGCUGACGGUCCAGAUGAGCAAGACGAUAAAGAUGGUCAGGAUGGUCUAGAUAAAAAUGACGGGCAAGAUGAAGGCCAGGAGAAUCAGGAUGCUCAAGAUAGGAUUGAGGUCCCAGACACUGAUCAAGAUGGCCAAGGUGCUCAAGAUGAACAAAAUGAAAAUUUGCCGAAAAUCAGAUCCCGAAAACGGGAAUGUCACAUCACAGUAGAAUCUCCAGAAGACCAACCACUCCAAAAACGGCCAAGGAUUAAAAUGGAAUCGAGCGAAAUUUAUGAGGAACAAGAGCCGAGUGAUCCUAUUCCAGAGGAGCCAGAAAAUGUAGAAGAAUUGGAAGAAAUUGAAAACGAAGAAGACGAUCGUCCACCAUCACCAUUCGAAGGCAUCGAAAUUGGAAUAGACGAUGAAAUACAUCUCAAUAAUCCAGAACAACUUACGGGCACCUUUGACUUUCGAAUUUUCAAUAAUUCCAAGCAUCGAAUUGCUUUUUAUAUUGGAUUCAAUAAUCCCGCAUUUCUAAAAACCCCAAAUCAAUUGGGAUCAUUGGAUAUUGGCGGGGUUUCGAAUAUUCUAAUCCAAUUUAAUUGUAAUGCUAGCGAACUGGGAAAUGACAAAAUGUUUUUGAAGUUUGUAAUUUUUGAUGGAAAACUCGAUGAAGAUAUUUUUGAUUCAUUUAGAGAUGAGACAAAAGUCUGGAAGAAAACUAUUUCGGCUUUGUUUAGCGAAUAA